AUGCUAAAACACAUUUCCAGUCACAUAGCAAUGGGCUGUCCUCAGGAUGAGUGUUCCAUAUGUUGGGAAUCAAUGCCCUCUGGGGUCGGAAGGCUAAUGCCUUGUGGGCAUGAAUAUCAUUUAGCGUGUAUACGGAAGUGGUUCCAUCUUCACAGUGGGAAUAGAAGUUGUCCCGUUUGUCGGACGGAGGCGAGCGUACUGGUAGAUACUGAUCAUGAGGUGAAGAUCGACCUGUCAGUCGGCCAACUGCUGGACUUCUACGGGCUGCUGGACGAGAUUGGCUCUCAACUAUUGGCUAUAACCCUUCAAGAUCACUCAACGCAGGACGAUGAAGUUAAUGAGGAGGGUUUAGCAGAACAGAGAGCGCAGCUGACUCUUGUCCAAUGCGGGAUAUGUGGAGAGAUGAACGGAGAUAUUGAUACCUGUUGUAACAGAUGUCACCACAUGUAUCAUCAUUCAUGCCUCGGACAGCUGUUAGUUGAAGUAAAUGCAGAACGGGAGCAGGGAUGGAGCCACUGUAUCUUCUGCUAUGAACAGCUUGUUCCUCUGUAUAUCUCCGGGGCCCGUAGGGUGUUAUCCUUGCAGGAUCGGGGUGUGCAUCGAGGCAGGGUUAGAAACAACAGAAGCAUUCUAACCGAGUUGAUAUACGAGCGUAGCGGGGUGUUGGUCCACGGGAUUGAGGAUCAGCACGCCAGCCAGCAUGACAUUAACGAUAUUGAGCACUCGUGGCAUCUGCUGGAACAGAAUCGCCAGCGAAAGCAACUGGAAUAUCAAGAUAAAUGUAAGAUUCAGGCACAUGUACGACGAAUACUUGACCACUACUACCACUGCGCCAAAGUCACGAAAGCGCAGUACACAUUUAUCAAUAAGAAAGUGUCCCAGACUCUAUAUGCGCUGUCGAGAGGGGUGUAUCCUGCGGUGGAUCUCGAUUACGAUGGCAUAGCAAAAACAUUAAUACUGGAUGAGAUGGAAAAGUUGUCUUCAUAA